AUGGCAUCUCCCCGGCUGGAGACGUUCUGCUGCCCCAACCGAGACUCGUCCACCGAGUUCCUCAUUAACUUUCAGCCGCUGUUUUUCAGCGCCAUCUGCAUCGGCAGCGCCGGGGUCAGCCUCAUUUUCUCCGUCCUGCAGAUUUUGCCCAAACGGAGAGGCUACAGGCGCCUUGGACAAUACCCUCUCCCCAAACCGGCCUCAUCCUCACGAAUACUGUUCAUCAUCAGUGUGUGUGAUAUCCUAGGAUGUGCAGGUGUAAUGGUGAGGUCAUCCAUCUGGUUGGGCCUGCCCGACCUCAUCAGUGGCAUCUCUGUGGCUGGCAACCCUGAUGUGUGGCCAGAGGUCUUCUGCGUGGGUACCGCGAUGUGGAUUCAGCUCUUCUACAGCGCCUCCUUUUGGUGGACCUUCUGUUACGCAGUGGAUGUUUACUUAGUUGUCAAAAGAUCAGCUGGAAUCAGCACUAUCGUGUUGUAUCACAUGAUCACCUGGGGCCUGGCAGUGCUGCUAUGCGUCGAGGGCGUGGCCAUGCUCUACUACCCCUCCAUCUCAAAUUGUGAGAAUGGCUUGCAGCACGCCAUACCCCAUUACCUCACCACCUAUGCCCCGCUGCUGCUGGUCCUCUUUGUCAACCCUGUGCUCUUCUCCCGGACAGUGUCAGCAGUUACAUCUCUGCUGAAGGGACGUCAAGGAAUCUACACUGAAAAUGAGAGACGCCUUGGAACAGAGAUCAAAAUACGAUUCUUCAAAAUUAUGCUGGUUUUCUUUAUCUGCUGGCUGCCCAACAUCAUCAAUGAGAGCCUGCUCUUCUAUCUAGAGAUGCAGGCAGACAUCAAAGCCGGUCACCUGAAGAAUGUGCGGAAUGCCACCCUCAUCACAUGGUUUAUCAUGGGGAUCCUGAACCCCAUGCAGGCUCUCCUCAACACUCUGGCAUUCCACGGGUGGACGGGCUUCGACGUGGACCUGAGCUUCCAGGGACGUCGGGAGCUGGCCUGGGACUCCGCCUCCACCUCAGCGGCUGCCACAGGCGGCUACAACCCCACCGUGGGCUCCACUACCUUCCACUACCAGAGCCACGUUCAGGAGGCCAAGAAGACCAUGGCUGCCAAUGGCCAGCACCCCUCCGACGCCAUCAGCGUCCUUUCAGAAGGUUCAGAGUCUAGUACAAUUGAAAUCCACAUUUCGAGUGAGCUGCGAGACUUUGAGGAUGUAGACGCAGAUGGAGAGACGUGGGAGAACUCUACACAGCACUAG